GGGGCUUGCCGAGAUGGGCACAGAGACUGACGAUCCAGUAUUUCUUAAGAGACACGUAACGACACUUCGACGCCAUCUGCCUACACCUCUGGACUCGAGGUAUGCCAAUUUUUUCCAGGCCCCACCAACUACAAGAGGUAAGGAUAGGGGCUUGAGAACCACCUGGUGCUUUGAGGUCUGGGAUUAAGUUUUUUAGCCUUUCUUUGUAUUCCCAGCGAUUAAUAUAGUGCCUGAUGCUUCCUAAUGCUGGUUGAAUAGCCUGCCUCUUGCCCACUGUUCCCUUGUUUCAGAGAGGCAGGGUCUGGGGGACAGAGGGAGUAGAUGACAGUGAAGUCCUCUCUCCGGUUGCACUGCCGUCUCUUCCUGCCUCUCUAAAGCAACGGUCUCUCUGCUCCCAGUAACGCGGGUAACCUAAAAGGUGUAACUUCACCUGGAGACCAGUCCUAUCUUCCCCUUCCCCCGCCACCGCCCCCACGCAGGCGAUCUCCAGAGAAGCUACAGAAGUGUUCUCCAAGCAACUCUCCCUUGCCCACCUAACCCUCCAAUAUCCCCGUGCCUGGCUCAGAUUUAGAGUUUCAAGGGACAUUUUAGUUCUUGUUCCAGGAACUGUUUUUUCGUGAGUGUAAUAAGGAUCCUCCUGGUGAGGAAACUGCCCUCUGCCAGUAAAGAUGAACAAAUUGAUCUGCCGCUCAGACAGGUGACAGGGACACGGAUAGGUUAGCAAACGUGCGCAGGGUACACAGGUCAGAGGAGGGACGUGAACUUAGCAAGGUUCAGUUCUGAAAAGGCAACACAGAGACCUUUAUUCUAACACACCCUCCCCACCCAUUUUACAAAUGGGCUACCUGAGGCCCAGAGAGAAGGGACAUGCCCAAAGGUCCCAGCUAAUAAGCAAAACCAGAACCCACGUCUCCCACGCCGAUCCUUGCAGCCCCUAAAGGAAUCAAAACCCUCUGGGGGAGGCGGUCCCAGUGCCCACAGCAACUGAAAAAAAAGUUACAGGCAUGCCCUGGUGCAGCGCGCUGGUGGGGACUCAGCGCAGGGAGCUGAAUUUGGGACGCCGAGCCAAGCUGAGCUGACUCUUGAGCAGUGCGUGGUAUGAGGGAUGAGAGGAGGGAGAGACAGAAGAGGAAGGGAGGGGAAGCCGUUCAGACCGGGCUCCGGGACACUCCCCUCUCCUCCCCUUUGGGUCUCUUCUUUCCCAAAUUCUCGGACCCAUCGGUCUCCGCCCCCCAUCCUGGCCCGCUCUCAUUGGUUCCGGGCGUCCCCCGCUGCCCCCCUCCCGGGGCUGCCCCCUCCCAGAGCCCAACUCCGGGUCCUGGGCUCUGAAUAAAUAGCCUGGAGCGCCAGCGGCUGGAGCAAGGGGUGGGGGGAUCCCCACAUGUGCAUCGCAGGGAGCCAGCUCUUUCCUGAUAAAGCGUGGAGGGGAGGUAGGGUAGGGUGGGGUGGGUGGGGGGCUAUUUCGCGGUCUCUUUUCAGGGCACGUACUUCUGCUGGGGUGCGGAUCCCCUUCCCUCUGGUUUCGAGCGAAAAAAGCUUCGCAGAGUCUCUGAAGUGUUCGGGGGCUGUGGUUCUAAUUGCCGUCGAGCUGGAAAGCGGGGUAGGGAGACAGCAAGAGCAGUUCACCGAAGACAGCUUUCCCUCAAUCCCCUGCGGGACCAUGGAGUUGCUGCCUCCGCCGCUGAGGGACAUGGACUUAGCAGGCCCCGACAGCUCCCUCUGCUCCUUUACCACAGCCGACGACUUUUACGAUGACCCCUGCUUUGACUCCCCCGACCUGCGCUUCUUCGAGGACCUGGACCCACGCCUGGUGCACGUGGGCGCGCUCCUAAAGCCCGACGAGCACGCGCACCACCCCGCAGCGGUCCCGGGCGCCCGGGAGGAUGAGCACGUGCGCGCGCCCAGCGGUCACCACCAGGCUGGCCGCUGCCUUCUGUGGGCUUGUAAGGCGUGCAAACGCAAGACGACCAAUGCGGACCGGCGCAAGGCGGCCACGAUGCGGGAGCGGCGCCGUCUGAGCAAGGUGAAUGAAGCCUUUGAGACCCUAAAGCGGUGCACGUCGAGUAAUCCCAACCAGCGACUGCCCAAGGUGGAGAUCCUGCGGAACGCCAUCCGAUAUAUCGAGGGACUUCAGGCAUUGCUUAGAGACCAGGACGGGGCACCCCCUGGCAGCACCGCCACCUUCUACCCUCAGGGGGCCACUGCCCAAGCCCGCGUGGUUGAGCAUUACAGCGGAGACUCGGAUGCAUCCAGCCCGCGUUCCAACUGCUCGGAUGGCAUGAUGGAUUAUAGCGGCCCCCUUUGCAGCUCCAGGCAUAGAGGUGGCUAUGACAGCAGCUACUACAGUGAUUCUCCAAGUGACACCAAGCCUGGGAAGGGACUGGUUGUGUCCAGCCUGGACUGCCUCUCCAGCAUCGUAGAGCGCAUCUCCACUGAGGGGUCUGCAUGCCCCGUGCUGCCUUUAGGAGAGGGCACACCCUGCUCCCCACAGGAGGCCACCACUCUGAGUGAGAGUGGUGCCCACAUUCCCUCCCCUCUCCCCAGUGGGAGUACCCAACUUUCUGCUGAUAGCACCUCUGGGCCUAGCCCUGUACCCAAUCCUAACCCUAUCUACCAGGUCCUCUGAGGGGGGCCAUUCCCAAACCUCCUGGUCCCCCCACCUGUGGCUCCAGUGGGGGUCAGACUAGACUUUGGGAGGGGGCCCAUCUUAUUCAAGUCUAAGGCCUCUGAGGAUUCCUUGGAAUGUGCUUCUGUCUCCUCCUCCCUUCUCCCCCAACAUUAAUUUAUUGGUUUUCCGAGUGCCUGGCCGGGGCAUAGGGGGACAGGUUCCUGGCCCCAGGUCCCUGGUUCCUUUCCGCACCCCCUCAGUAAGGAACGGCUGUGCUUGUUCUUGAGGGGCUGUGCCCCCUCCCCACUUCUUCCAUGCUUCCCAGUUCAGGACCACAUUUUGUAAUACUUUUGUAAUCUAUUCUGUAAAUAAGGGCUUGCUUUGCGAACACACACACACACACACACACACACACACACACACAGCCCAGCGACAUAUUUAUCAGGUGUGGUUUGUGGUGCAGUCAUUGACUAUUUAUACACUAGGGCAGUGUUGUCUCUGCUCAGGUGUGCUGAAUAAAGAUGAUAAUUUAUACC